GCGCGCGCGCGUUUUGGUUUUUUUUUCCAUUCUUUCUUUUUUUUUUUUUACUUUUAAUGGCGUCCACUGGUAUCAUCACCGCCGUUGCCAUCGUUUGACCCGAUCACAUCUCUCCAUCACGAGUUAAGCGUGUUCUCUGCGUUUUGUUUGCUGCCGGGUUUUCGCGCCACUGUCACUACCGCGUUUUCCGUUUUCUACGACCACGCGCGUUUAACCGCAGCUCUUGUUCUCACCUGCGAUCAGUUUUUACCAGUCUCACCUUAUCGCGUCAUGUCCGCUAAACGGCAGUCUAAAGGCAAAGCGAACGGCGUAUCCCGUAAAAAGUCCAAGCUGGACGAAGACGAACCGCCGGUGUUGAGCGAAGAGGAAGAAGACGAUGACAACGAUCAAAGGUCUGACGACGACGAUAACAACAUGGACGAAUUAACAGAAGACAAUGCGUCCCUGAGAGUGAAAGGUCCUGAUCAUAUUGGCAUUGUGAUGUUAACUGGUGGAACUAAUUGGGAUUUAAAUGGCCGUAAGUCUGUGCCAAAAGGAUGCAAAUCUAUUGGACGGAACUUAUACGAACCGCACUUAUUUGAACCACUGAAAGACACCCGUAUCCGUUUGGUAGCAAGUAGCUGUAACUCUGCACACACAAUUUUUAUUACUGAAGAAGGCAAAGCUUUGUCUUUAGGCCGUAAUGAAAAAGGUCAGCUGGGAGUCAAAGAUUUAAUCAGGCGUGACAUUCCGACUCCAAUUGAAGGUUUACCUGAUCAUGCUAUUGUCAAUGCAGCUACUGGCCGUGCACAUACUUUGCUUCUUACUGAUCGUGGUGCCGUGUACAGUUGUGGUGAUAAUAAGAAUAGUCAGUGUGGCGUGAAGAGCAAAGACCCCUUUAUUACAACUGCAAUGAGGGUUAAAUAUAAUGGACCACCAAUUGUAAAAGUUGGUUGUGGUGCCGAGUUCAGCAUUUUGCUUGAUUGUAAGGGUACUUUAUAUUCAUUUGGUUUACCGGAGUAUGGACAGUUGGGACACAACACAAAUGGCGAAUAUAUUGAAAGAGCUGGUGCUAUUAACUUUGCUACAGUUCAACAGCCAAAACCAAUACUUACUUUUGUAGAAAAAAAUAAGAACAAAGUAGAAAUAUUGCCCAAACCUGAAAUCAGAGAUUUUGCAUGUGGCACAAAUCAUACAGUAGCUAUUGAUGAUCAUAAGAAAGCAUAUUCUUGGGGAUUUGGUGGCUAUGGACGACUUGGACAUUCUGAACCAAAAGAUGAAUUGCAGCCAAGACUUAUAAAAUAUUUUGAUGUUCAGAGGAGUGGUGUAAAGCAUGUUGCUUGUGGACCCACAUUCAGUAUUGCUAUCAAUGAAUUUGGUGCUGUUUAUUUAUUUGGACAAAUGAAUAGCAGAGGAGAAGCCAAUAUGUAUCCCAAACCGGUACAAGAUCUUCAUGGUUGGAAUUUGCGUAGUAUUGGCACAUGCGGUAUUGGAUUAGUUGCAGCAGCUGAUGAUUCUUGCAUUGUUUGGGGUUCUGGAACAAGCUCUGGCGAAUUGGGUCUUGGAGAUUUAAAGAAAUCCAGUGCCAAACCUUGUGAAAUGAAAAAACUCGAUGGAAUGUAUAUCGAACAGGUGGCUUGUGGAAGUGCACAUACAUUUUUAAUUGCUCGUGAUCUUUCAGAAGAUGAUAAGGAUAUUAUUGCUUCAAUGCCGGUGUAUAAACCUGUUGUAACUUAAUUCUUUAGUGAAAACAGGUAAUCAACAAUUUAUAUAUAUAUAUAUAUAUAUAUAUAUACACAUUAUAUAUAUAUUUUUUAUUAUUGUAUUUAAGAACCAAGUGGUAUUUAAUAUUUUUUUUUUACUAUAUAUAUAUUUUAAUUUUUUUCUACAAUAAUCGUUCCAUUAGACUUAAGCUUUAAUGUAAAUGAGCGGAACAAUGUCAAUCAGAACGAUGUUCCUGCUAAGUACACGAUUAACUGGUCUGUUCUCAAUUCUUUUCCUAUUAUUAUCAUUUAUUUGUCAAGUGACAAAUGUUUAUACUAGUAAAUGAAUAAUAAUAUUAAAUAACUGAGUUUUUUUUACAA